CAAGAUAUCUAGUCAUAGAGUAAAAAUGCACUGGCAAAGCAUAAACUAAACUUCGUGAAAGAGGGAGAAGUGAGAAGUGCAUAAUAUUUUUAGAUGUAGAAAUCAAAGGUGUCAUCUGAAUAAUUAACUCUAAAAUAAUACUGAUCGUGUACAUAUAAGGUUAGAGUAGUGCGAUCUAAUAUGCAGAACAACCCCCAGGAGCUUUCAUGGCAGGCGAUUCAGGCUAUCGUCGGGGUUAAACUUCCACCCAAUGUACUACGAUUUGACGAUAUUGGAUUCCACUUAGUUAAUAACACUGUUUCGAGUGCAGAAGACUCGGAUUCAGAUGUAGAAAUAGUCGAAAAUGGUUGGGAGUCUGAUAAUAAUGUGUCCUCCAGACCCGACCAUUCCGACAACGAAAAAAAUACGUCACCAGAUAGGGAACAGAGCGAGUCUCCCGUUUUGCGUCUUGUAGAACCCGAAAACAAUAAUUCGGGCAAAGAAUCGUUAGAUUACAGAGAAUAUGUCGAAAAAAAUGAUACAAAAGAUAUUUCACCCAAGGAACGUAUGACACAAAUCCAAAUCGACGAUGCUGAUAGUUCUAACGGUAAUGUUAUGUCGAUCGAAAACUAUUUGGAGGUCACUUUAUCAACUGACUCUGAGGCUAGUCAUACCUGCAAUCAAUGUAACCAAAUAUUCUCAAAUGAGAAUUCACUUGCCUCACAUAAAUGUAGUGCAAAACCCACCGAAGAAAAAAAGUACCCUUGUCAUGUGUGCUCUGAAAAGUUUCCAAGCUACUGGGAUCUAAGGAAACAUCUUAGUAACCAUUUUCCCGGUAUGUUGGAAUCUAAGUCAAGCUUUUGUCACCUUUGUCAAAAAGACUAUACGAAAACUGGAUUUAUGAAUCAUUUACGCAAACACACGGGAGAAAGGCCAUUUGUUUGUGAACUUUGUCACAAAGCUUUCUCUCAAUCAAGUUCACUUUCAAUUCACAUGAAAUUCCAUCUGAAUGUGCGGAAGCACGCUUGUACAGUAUGUGAGAAGAAAUUUGUAACCAAAAGUGAGCUGUCCCGUCACAUGACAGUGCACACUAAGCAGAAAUCUUACUAUUGUGGAGUUUGCGACAAAGCUUUUACUCGCUCUGAUAAUAUGAAGAAACAUGAGAAAACUCAUGGGUAAAAGUUUAUACGACAGAACUGAAUGAGAAUAAGGAACUGUGAACAAUGUCAUAAUAUAACAUGCAAAUCAAUUAUGCAUGUAUCCUAAUAUCAAAAUUUUCAAGUUAAUAAUGUCUGGUCAAUGCUGUUGCCAAAUGCAGUGUGCUAUCAUCACACUUUCAAAAUGCUAUGAUUUCUGAUUCUCUUAUUGCCAAAAAAUUAGUUAUAUGUUUGUUAAGAAUAGAACUUUUACAUUGUUUAUGCUAAAUUUAAACCUAUCAUGAUCUAGUUCAUAUUUUAGUCAUUAUGGUGUGUUUCUGUGUUUAUGCGAGUGUGUAUAUACACUCAUGUGUGCUGCUGUAAUUGCUUUCAAGAUUUUUUAUUUAUAUUAUUUUCAAUUGUAUGUAUGGGUUAAUUUUAGUGUAGUAGUAAAUGUCUUUGCAGGUGCUUUACAAUAAGGUCACACAUAUCUCAAUCCAAUGUUGCCUUUUAGAUAUGAUAAAGUGAUAUUUUAAUAUGUGGAUGUUUAUGUAGGAGGAAUGUCCAAAGGUCAGAUAUCCUUAUUGUAAUGUUUACAUUAGAUAAAGGGAAACAUGUGUGUUAUUCAAUUUGGGGCUUUUCCAAAAUAUGUUACAAAUAUAUUUUUGUAAACCUUUACUAUGGGGUACCAAACUACCAGUUAAAAGUUAACUUUUGCCAAAUUUUAGAUAAGUAUUUCAAGUGAUUUUAUUACUGUACUGUGUUGUAACCAAAGCAAUAACAUUUUAAUGUGCCUAUUCUUUAUAAUAAUUAUUAUAAAUAUGAGUAUACCAAAUAAUUUAAUUAUUAGUGUUAAUAGAUAUAAUAAAUUAAAAUCAGUGGUAAAUAGUUCAUAAUUGCCACUUUUCCAGAUGGAUGAAUAUAGGAACUCACAAUAUUUUUCCCUCUUUAUGGUCUCCUCAUUUCUUAGUUAAGACAAUGAACAACUAUGAUACAUAAUUUAAGUUAAAUUAAUAGAAGUCUUUAUGAAACAUCACAAAGUUUCCACAGUGAACAUAUUUAUUUGUAGAUGCUAUGAAUCAUUAGUAAAUUAGCAUACUAUUUUAGGCAAGGGUAUAUUUCCCUGAGCUAUAAGACUUUAGACCAAAAAGAAUGUAACCAAAAUAAGAAAAACAAAUCCAAAGAUAAUUAAUUAUUGUCAUAUUUUCUAAUCGGCUAACAACCAAAGGCUUAAAAUUAACUUAUUUUGUGUCAUUUGAAUUUCAUGUACUGGUUGUAAUUGAAUGCCUUAAUAUAUUGUCUAGAUUUUUAAAUCUAAAAUAGACAAUAAUAAUAUUUUAAUAUAUUUAUUAAAUUUAAUAUUUUAGGUUUUUACUUUGCAUGACUUGUUUGUAGGUUUAAGGAAUCGAUAUUGAGCCAAAUGAAAUAAAACGCAAAAUCUACAAGACUGACGAUAAUAUUCAGAGUAGGUAUUAACUCGUGCACAAAAACAAUUAUUUAUUCAAACUGUUUAUUGCAAUUUUCUAUUUAUCAAAAAAUGCACCUUGUUAAAACUCAUCAUGACAAUUAGAUUAAGAUCCGUUUGAUAUAUGAAUUAAAUAUUUUAUGGAAAUGUGUAAUAAUAAUUGCGAUUUUAUUAAAGAGUUGUUUGUUGCAAAA